AUGAAGUCUGCAAGCAAGCUGUUUUAUCUCUCCGUGUUUGCCCUCUUGGCGACAUCGGGAACAUGCUCCGGCUCUGCAGACACCUGUCCUUUUUCGCCAAACGCCAUCAUUGACGAUGGAUGCGUUUCGUAUGCCACGCUCGAUAGACUCAAUUCAAAGGUGAAGCCUGCAGUCGACAACCUCGUUCAAACGACCGACUUCUUUUCGCAUUAUCGUCUGAACCUCUUUCACAAGACAUGUCCGUUCUGGAACGACGAAGAUGGCAUGUGCGGUAACAUCGCAUGCGCCGUCGAGACCCUGGAUAACGAAGAGGACAUUCCCGAGAUUUGGAGGGCCAGCGAACUCAGCAAGCUGGAAGGCCCUCGAGCGAAGCACCCCGGCAAGAAGAUGCAGAAACAGAAUCCGGACCGACCGCUACAAGGAAAACUGGGUGAAGACGUUGGGGAGAGUUGCGUGGUGGAAUAUGACGACGAGUGCGACGACAGAGACUACUGCAUUCCCGAAGACGAAGGCACGACAUCCAAUGGAGACUACAUCAACCUGCUACACAACCCAGAGCGGUUUACCGGAUACAGUGGCCAGAGUGCCAAAUCAGUCUGGGACGCCAUUUACUUGGAGAACUGCUUCAAGAAGAGCUCAUUCCCCAAAUCUGCCGAUCUGGGAGUUUCGAAUGCACCAGCAGAGCCUGCUGCCUUGGAUUUCAAACACGUCCUGGACUCUGCUGGGCGCCAAGCCCAGCUUCAGCAGCAGCGACAGAGCUUCCCGGAUACUCCUUUUGUUGCCAACACUGGCUACGAGGUCGAGGAUGAAUGCUUGGAAAAGCGAGUAUUCUACCGAGUUGUCUCGGGCAUGCAUGCCAGUAUCAGCACGCAUCUGUGCUGGGAUUACUUGAACCAGAGCACUGGACAGUGGCAGCCAAACUUGGCUUGCUACGAGAGCCGACUGCACAAGUUCCCCGACCGAAUCAGCAACUUGUACUUUAACUACGCCCUCGUUACUCGCGCCAUUGCGAAGCUGGGUCCCUACGUCCUUGGGCCGCAUUACACGUUCUGCGCGGGAGACUUAUUGCAGGAUCAGGACACACGAGACAAAGUCGCUGCUGUUACUCAGCACGCGGCCAGUGUCCCUCAAAUCUUUGACGAAAGCGUCAUGUUCGUGAAUGGCGAGGGCCCAUCCCUCAAAGAAGACUUCCGUAAUCGUUUCCGCAACAUCAGCCGAGUUAUGGACUGCGUCGGUUGCGACAAGUGCCGUCUCUGGGGCAAGAUCCAAACGAGCGGCUAUGGAACGGCCUUGAAGGUGCUCUUCGAAUUUCACGAGAAUCAGAGACCCCCGUCGUUGAAGAGGACCGAGCUAGUGGCAUUGUUCAACACCUACGCCAGACUCAGCUCAUCACUCGCGGCCAAUGGCAAAUUCAGAGCCAUGAUCGACUUGCGCGAUAAGGGAUCUAGCGAGCAACCACCUAAACCUGAAGAAGUCUAUCAGCUUGUUGAUGAGGAGGACGAAGACAUGAAUGAAUUCAUUAAGAUGCGCCGUCUUGGGCCUGACGCUUCAGUGAGUGACCAAUUCGACGUAGAGCUUGCCCGCGUCAUGAAGGCAGUGAAGAUUGUGUUGAAGAGCUGGAUUCGAACCCCCAAAAUGAUCUGGGAAAUUCUGUCGGAUGAGACAUCGAGAAUCUAUCGUACUUGGAUCGGUCUGCCUCCGCGACCGAGGCGCUAUACAUUCAAGUUGCCGAAAUUAGAUAGAGAUGAACUGUGA